GCCACGGCUAAAUGUCUAGCAGCAGACUAAUAAACGAAAUAUUUCUUUUUACUUUAGCUAAUAUUGCAGCCUUCCUGGUAUGCAAGUGGACUCUGGAACGGUAUGCCGAAAAAACUUCCCGUUCACCGCCACCUUUUCUGAAAGAAUACUUGUCUAAAAAAAAAAUCAAAUUAAAUAAAUAUGAGGAAACUAUAGCUAGCGAGGUAGCAGAUCCUUUGACCUUGAAUAUCAGCUGGAAUGAUAUAGGAGGCUUAGACACAAUAAUGGCCUCUUUACAAGAAAUUAUAGUUUUGCCUUUGUGUCGCCCAGAUAUUUUUAACGGAAAAUCAAAAUUGUUGUUACCCCCAAAAGGCAUCUUGCUUUACGGAAAACCUGGCUGUGGAAAGACAUUGGUCGCAAAGGCCAUAGCCAAGGAAAGCUCCUGUUUCUUUAUAAAUCUUCGGAUAUCCACUAUUAUGGAAAAGUGGUAUGGCGAGUCACAGAAACUAGUCAAUGCUGUUUUUACGCUGGCUACUAAACUACAACCGUGCAUAAUUUUUAUCGAUGAAAUUGACUCUUUUCUGCGUGAACGAGCGACCAACGAUCAUGAAUCCACAGCUAUGAUGAAGGCGCAGUUUAUGUCUUUGUGGGACGGACUAGAAUCAGAAACUUCCAGUAAGCUGAUCAUUAUUGGUGCUACCAACAGGCCGCAGGACAUAGAUUCCGCCAUUCGGAGGCGGAUGCCGCUUAUGUUUCACGUCGAUCUUCCUGAUGCCUCUCAGAGAGAAGCUAUAUUACGGAUUCUUCUUCGGAAUGAGCCCGUCGAUCCUCAACUUAACUUCACUUCACUCAGCCAGUCUUUUCCAAACAAAUCGGGCAGCGAAAUCAAAGAGAUUUGUAGGCUAGCUGCGAUGCACACUGUGCGGGAUUACUUAAAAGACGAGAAAUUAUUCGGCCCACACAAGACUAAAAGGCGCCUUAUAAAAUUUGAAGAUUUUAAAAAGGCGCUGGAAGAAUUUGAAAGGUCUCGCCAGUUGUCCUCCUUUAUUCAAAGUUGGUAAUGGUUGCCAAAAUAAAACGAUCGGCCUUCAGGCUUAA